AUGUUCAACGCUUCGAAAGUUGGUAUUAAAAAUAUAACUUUUUCUAAUAUCACAGACAAACGUUUGGUAAAAAAGAGUUUGGUAAUUUCUGUACUAUUAGCAACGAGCUUGAUAGACGGAAUUGCUGAAAAUAUGUACACGGAAGGCUGUCAGUGGCAGAAGACUAUACUUGGGCAUACAUUCACCAUGUCACGAAGCACUUGUUUGGACACACGCGACAGCGCCACCAAGAACGCUGUAACGGUGUUCAAAGCUUGGCUUCAAAAUCAUGAAGAAGCACAGGUGAUGAUGGCCAGUAUCCUGGUGGUGGUGGGAUUGUGGUGGCUGGUGCGUGCUGUUCUGGCACUUGUUAUAAACCUCAUCUGUCCCGUCCUCGUGGUGCUACUAGCAGUGGUCUGUAUUCCUCAACUACGGACUCCUCUGCUCGGACAAAACUACCCGCUCCUGGCAAAUAUUAUGAGAGAAAUACUACUUAAAAUGGCUGAGAACCUAAAAACGUAGAUGCAGAUAGUAUUUUGUAAAAAUAGUAUACCGUUUCAUUAAAUGCAAUAAAUAUUCUCAUUGGU